AUGAGCCGUCAGGGGAACUCUCCUCUUAGGGGCUCAGUUCAUCUCAGCACAGAACCUCGCAUGACCGUGAUCCCUCCGUGGACUUUGUAUCCUUAUAUUAUGGCGGAGGGAUCGGCAUCAUGUGAAUUUGUUGCAUUUGGACUAGCGCCGUCAGAUCAGAUCAUCUCACCUGACGAGAACUUUACUACGGGCCUUAUUCUUCCACCAAUGGAAUUUUGGGGUACUUAUGAUACCUUCUUGAGACAUAGCAAGAAAAGCACAUAG